AUGGUAAAUAUUCCGCCCGGCGGCAGCGACGAGGAUGAAGGCGACGAUGAAAACCUGGAUACAGCACAUGUGGUCGACAUACCAGGCGAGGUGGAGGUAAAUUACCAGGAGCCGCUGGAGAGCUGCACGCUGUGCUCCACCACACGCUGCGUCAAGCGUGACGUCGCUAUCUGCUUCAGGCGCUUCGCUAAGUACCACCAGCGUCGCGUCGGCGUGCAAGCUCCGGGCGGCGGCUCCCACCGUCACCGCGGCGUCACGGGCCGUGACGGCAGCGUGACGCACCGUCAACGUCACAGGAGGUUUGCCGAGGCAGCCACAAUGGCCGCGAUGGGGUCAUCCGAAGAACCACUGAGUGAUGACGCCCUCUGCCGUCUCGGAUUGCCGCGGGCUGACGGCCAGGACUGCGAUGACGUCAUCAACCCGCGCGUCUCUCAGGAGGCGCUGACCCACUCGUUUUCGGCGCCCAGUCACGUGCUGAUGAUGCAGCGACAGGCCGGGUCACUGGACGCCGUGCUCUACGUGUCGAUCGUGGUGGUGUUCUACGUGGCCAUCAUUCUGGUGCUGAUCGGCGCCAACCUGUACCGGCGCCGACACUCCGGCUGCACCGACCGCCGGCCGCUGCUCAUCUACGAUGAGAAGUCGGCCGCCGUCGACCAGCAUCUGCUUACCUGCGAACAGGAGCCCGGCGGCGAGUGCGUCUGAGCGCAGACGGCGCUGCUCCUACAGCCGGCCAGGGGACCGGCGGCUCCACUCCGGCCGUUCUGAGGAGCAUCACUAACCUUUCCGCAGGGGUCUGCCGAGGACGGUCGAAUCCGACCCGGAGGGUGGUCCUGAGAGGCUGGGGGCCUGCACUCGCUAACAGGGCGUUGUGGGAGGUCAGGGAGGUCACAACCAAAGUCGCUGCGUGGCCCUGAAGAGGCUUAUUCAAACAAACGCUACUGCGCUGCUUACAGAAAGGGGAGAAUCUCUGUUUUGCGCACAAAAAUCCUUGAGGGGGUUGCCGGUACUCCUAUAACGUGGAUCUGCGGAGGACUAAAGCUUCUCAAUCGAAGACGAUCUGAGGUAGACUGGCAGUCAUAAGUGGUCAGCUGUUUGCUGGAAAUACACUCGUGCUCUUCUACAGGAUGAUACGGGAGUGUUCGUUGUCUGUUAAUCGUUUGCACACCACGCCUGAUGCUAGUGCGUACCUCCGGCACAUGCUGCGAGUUGGCUUUUGGACGACCUCUCACUGGUAGACAGUGGCAUCAUGUAAUGGAUCACCUGGAGCCAUGAUGGCCGCCGAUGACAUAAGUCUCCGUCUAGUUCUCCCUCCGAUCAGACUCUGAACUGGAUUCUUUGUUGUCGGUUAAAAUGCCGAUAGAGUAUCGAAGAUGCAGUAGGAAGCAGUAUGUUAGUGCAGUGGCGACAGGGACGGCUCCAGCGUCGGAUUUUGGGAGUGGUUAUACUUAUGUGGAGAGGUCAAGUCGCACUUCGAUGUCAAUCGCGACAAUGACACAGCUGUAGUUGUUCUCCAACAUAUUACAGGAAGCCCUUCAGAAAGCAUGCAUGGUUCGAUUUAUGCAAGCGUACACAGCGUCUCUUAAGUGACUGAUUCGCUGCAGAGUGCUUGAUUGGAUGAACUUUUCCGUUCGUAGUUGUGAGCUGGCCGCGGUUUUCAAGAUCGCUGUUGUGCCGCAGAGUGCUUCCGACCGGUCGGCCAUACACCCGUGAUCAAAGUGUUAUGCGCACGCCCGUUUGCGAUCAAUUGGAAACGCUUCCUUGCAUCAUUCACCGUAUGCUUCCGACACAUAUCGACGGCAUCGUUCUGACGCGGUUAGGCAUGUUGUCUGGCCUCCCGGCAGGUGCCGCCAGCACACAUAUCUGGUUCGGGUAGCGUUGGAAAGCUUCGUGAUGGAUGUGUCACAUUUGUGGGCGUGGUGUGUGUGUGCAGGCGAGCUGCAUGUGGUGAAAUAUAUCUUAAAUUGCUUGUCGCUGAGGCCAAACCAGCUAUUUGGUGAGUGCAAACUUGUGCUUGACUCCAGUAGAACUGAACCUCAUUGCGGAACGGAUUCUGUUGUGAACAUAAACAGAUAGGGAUUCGGGUACAUUGUUCAGAAUUGAAUUGGAAAUUUAUCGAUCAGAACUGAACUGGAAAUUGAUUCACAUAGUGUGCGAAAGCAUCAUAAGUCUAUUUUGCCUUAAUCAUCCUUGGCUGACUCACAAAAGAAUUCACCCC